UCCUGGGAGACUGGCUGAGGGGAGGGCCGCGAGCCGACAAGGACUGGAGCAUGGGACGGCGCGCCUAAAGGAGCAGGAAGGGGAGAAAGGGGCCUGGGACCCCCGAAAGGAAAAAGAGAGGAAGGCGGACAAGAGCAGAAGAGGACGAUGCAACUGACUCGCUGCUGCUUCGUGUUCCUAGUGCAGGGCAGCCUCUAUCUGGUCAUCUGUGGCCAGGAUGAUGGUCCCCYUGGCUCAGAGGACUCUGACCAUGAUGACCAUGAGGGCCAGCCCCGGCCCCGGGUGCCUCGGAAGCGGGGCCACAUCUCACCUAAGUCCCGCCCCAUGGCCAACUCCACUCUCCUAGGGCUGCUGGUUCCACCUGGGGAGGCUUGGGGGGUCCUUGGGCAGCACCCCAACCGCCCAAACCACACCCCACCACCCUCAGCCAAGGUGAAGAAAAUAUUUGGCUGGGGUGACUUCUAUUCCAACAUCAAGACAGUGGCCCUGAACCUGCUCGUCACGGGGAAGAUAGUGGACCACGGCAACGGGACCUUCAGCGUCCACUUCCGCCACAAUGCCACGGGUCAGGGCAACAUCUCCAUCAGCCUUGUGCCCCCCAGCAAAGCUGUGGAGUUCCACCAGGAACAGCAAAUCUUCAUUGAAGCCAAGGCAUCCAAAAUCUUCAACUGCCGGAUGGAGUGGGAGAAGGUAGAGCGGGGCCGCCGGACCUCCCUCUGCACCCACGACCCAGCCAAAACCUGUUCCCGAGACCAUGCGCAGAGCUCAGCCACCUGGAGCUGCUCCCAGCCCUUCAAAGUCGUCUGCGUCUACAUUGCCUUCUACAGCACAGACUACCGACUGGUCCAGAAGGUGUGCCCUGAUUACAACUACCACAGCGACACCCCCUACUACCCCUCUGGGUGACCCUGGGCAGGCCACAGAGGCCAGGCCAGGGCUGGAAGGACAGGCCUGCYGGUGCAGGAGGCCAUCUGUCUGGACGCUGGGCAGGGAAAGGGAUGGGCCUCAAGGCAGGGAGUGGGGUGGAGAGAAGGAGAUGCCAGGUGGGGCCAGGACCAAGUCUCUAGUGGAGGGGAAGGGUCCCCAGUGCUGGCCCCAACCCGAGGUUGUGGAGCUGCUGGAACCCAGGAGCACUGGAGGAGGAGUGGGCUCUGGGCACCCUACAGGGCUUCCCAUUGAGCCAAGGCAGAUGCCAGGCCCUGAGUAGGCAGACCAGGAUGGCCCCAGAUCAAGUCAUGAAGAAGACCCUGGCUCCCUCCUGGCCAUCCUGAGAGAAGACAGCAUCAGGCAGGGGGGUUUCAUCAGUGGAUGCACCAAGUAAUAGCUUGGGCUGGCUGGCUGAGGCAAGGCUUCCUUGGAGCCCAUGGUARGCAGCUCUAGCCCCUUUCCUGCACAGAGAACAUCGGGAGACUCAAGUAGUCACCUGGAGGGCUUUGAGGUUUGGACAAAUAGACCAUCGGCCUCCAGCCAGCCACCCCUUUCCACAGUGCCCUCUCCUGCCAGCACUCUGCUCUCUCACCCACCCUCUUGCUGAUAGUACACCAUUCUCAAACUGAGACAGGACAGUGGUGGUCCUCCUAGCACUAAGGCCAUGGGUGGAAGACCACCUGUGUGCUGUGUCCCUCCUGCACUGCACCCCCUUCUGAGAGUGGUCCCUCAAUAGUCAGCCCCACCUGUCAGACUGCACCUCUCCUGAUAGGGACGAGCCUGGGGUAGGACGGAGGGCAUGCUGGGUCUGUUCCCUA